AUGAGCGAAAAACAAGAAACUGACGGGAAGAAAGAAUUCAAAUGUUUCGUUGUAACCAAGGCGUUGGUGACACGCAGCAUGUUUGCUAUACAUAGCAUCGUUGCAAUAUGGCGGGUAACCCACGUGAUGGGGGACGCCCUCUAUUGGCUGUUAUCCAUAGCGUUGUUGGGGUUAGGAGUCGAGACAAUGGUAACAAUGAUACGUAACAGAGGAGAAGAAUGGACAUGGUUCUGUCCCAGCUGUUUCUUUUACUUGGGAAGUUUAGUGCCCUCCAUUUGGAUUUUAGAAUUGGAUUUACUUGAUAAGAGAAUUGCGUCUUUUGAGUUGACGAUGGGUACCACAGAAGAAAUAGUCACCGAUGAUUGGACAUUGGCAUUGGAGCAAAUACUACUAUUCAUUCUUAUCAUUGGUCGUUGGAUGCUGCCCAAAGGUCAAAUAACACGUGACCAAUUAUCUCAACUAUUAUUGGUCUACAUCGGAGUAGCCGCUGAUAUCAUCGAGUUUUUUGAAGUUUUUAAAGAAGACUCGGUGAAAUACAAUCGAGAACUAAUUAUCGUUACUUUGACACUUUGGACGUGGAGCUUAAUGCAGUUUACGUUGGUCGUCACGGUUACGAAAUCGUCGAAGCCACGCUUAGCUAUGCCGUCACCGGCAGAAGAUGAAAUUCGGGAGGACAGCGAUCCACGAUGCGUGUGUUUAGAAAGUGACGCCUGGGGGAUCGCCGUGACCCUCUCCUUGCAGGACGGACCGUUUCUAAUCUAUCGUCUCAUCCUCAUCAUAAAAUACAACGUCGUCACGCACAUGAAUAUAUUUUUCACGGUCAAAAAUAUUCUAAUCAUAAUUCUGCAAGUUUAUCGUCUAAUUGUCGUGCAAAUUGAGAAAAGUGAGAAGAAAGCCAAAGAAGAGAGAGAAUUGCUAGAGACCCUCAGAAAUGAAAGGUUGAAUAACACCAUUAGUGGUAAUGACUCAGUACAGAAUGGCGUAGAAAACAGUAAUUACGCAAAACAAUACUACUCUGUUACUGAUUACUAG